AUGAUGAUGAUGAUGAUGAUGAUGAUGAUGAUGAUUAUGACGAUGAUGAUGAUGAUGAUGAUGAUGAUGAUGAUGAUGAUGAUGAUGAUGAUGAUGAAUGAUGAUUCGGUUGUUGAUGAUGAUGAUGAUGAUGAUGAUGAUGAUGAUGAUGAUGAUGAUGAUGAUGAUAUUGAUUACGAUGAUGAUGAUGAUGAUGAUGGUGAUGAUGAUUCGGUUGAUGAUGACGAUGAUGAUGAAGAUUCGGAUGAUGAUGAUGAUGAUGACGAUUAUGAUGAUGAUUCGGAUGAUGAUGAUGAUCGGUUGAUGAUGAUGAUGAUGAUGAUGAUGAUGAUGAUGAAGUGGACUAUGAUAAAUGAUGCCGAGGAUGAUGAGGAUUAUUCCGAUGAUUCUGGUGAUGAUGAUGAUGAUGAUGAUGAUGAUGAUGAUGAUGAUGAUGAUGAUGAUGAUGAUAUUGAUUACGAUGAUGAUGAUGAUGAUGAUGGUGAUGAUGAUUCGGUUGAUGAUGACGAUGAUGAUGAAGAUUCGGAUGAUGAUGAUGAUGAUGACGAUUAUGAUGAUGAUUCGGAUGAUGAUGAUGAUCGAAAUGAUGCCGAGGAUGAUGAGGAUUAUUCCGAUGAUUCUGGUGAUGAUGAUGAUGAUGAUGAUGAUGAUGAUGAUGAUGAUGAUGAUGAUGAUGAUAAUGAUCGGAUGAUGAUCAUGAUGAUGAUGAUAAUGAUUCGGAAGAUGACGAUGAUGUUGAUGAUGGCAUGA